CUCCAGAGAAAGACACAUGGGAAGUAAGAGUGACGGGAAAACAGGGAGAGAGAGGGAGAAAAGGAGAUACAUAGCAAGGAGAGGACCCAGAGAAACAGACCUAGGGCGUGGAGACAGGUGGUGCCUAGGAGAAGGAGGCGGUCCUGAGGGCCUGCACCCCAGGGGAGAGGGCGGGACUGAGAAGAGGACCAGCCGCUGCCUCUCUCAGCCUCUGUCGCCCGCCAGUCAUCCCAACCCUGAGCUGCAACAGCCAUGUCCAACAACAUGGCUAAAAUCGCUGAAGCUCGCAAGACCGUGGAGCAGCUGAAGCUGGAAGUGAACAUCGAUCGCAUGAAGGUGUCGCAGGCGGCUGCUGAGCUUCUGGCUUUCUGCGAGACGCACGCUAAGGAUGAUCCACUAGUGACUCCUGUUCCCGCCGCCGAGAAUCCCUUCCGUGACAAGCGACUCUUUUGCAUCCUGCUCUGAGCCCUCAAAACAGCUUUAU